CCCACCGCGCAGCAACCGCAACAAACCCUAGCGCCGCCCCCCUUCCCCCAACACAGAAGAUUCUUCCUGCGUGAUGGCGCUGCGCUCUCCCUCCAGCACUCGUCGGCAGGAUUGGCCGCCCGCGGACUCUCCGCCUCCCACCUAUCAGUCUUACCAGGGUGGAUCCAGCAAUGGAGCUGAAUCUGAUUUUGCUAGGAAGACGAAACAGGAGGUUAAUCAUUUGUUGGCAAAAUUAGAAAAAAAAGGAGUGGAGAUAGAUGGCAAGGUAGCUAGUAUUAUUGGCGAUGGGAUAACUAGAAUUAAAGUUGAAGCUGCGUGGGAGGACUUCGAUGAAUCAAACACGAAGCUGAUGGCAGCACUGCUCACUGCUGCAUCUAUGGCUGUUGGUUUCAUCAUGGGUUUAGACUGGCGAGAAAAUUGCUUCCGUAAGCAGUUUGACAAGAGGAGACAUACUUAGUUAAAUAGCAUAAGGCUUACGGGUGCAUUCUGUUUAUGGUAUGUAAAACCAAGUAGGUAAUCUUAGGAAAACACUGUUGGCUAAUUAUGAUGCGCAAAACCUAAGUUUUCUGUUUCAUGCUAUAAUGUGGUUUUGGCAUGUGCAAUGUAACUCUUGUUUGGUAACACCACAAGCUGCGUGGAGCAGGUGCCCCGUUAGGUACUGCAGGUUAAUUAGUGUUUGAUAAUCAAAGCAGGUGUGUGCGGUGAUUAUCUGUGGAUAUGGCAAUCAGAUGAUGGUCUAGGAUUUGUGGCUUCACUUGCAUAAAUAAAUUGUU